UUUUGCCCUAAUCUCUUCACCUCAGCAACACAGCAGCAAAGAGGCGACCCAUCCAUUCGCCUUCUUCUUCGCCUUCUUCUUCUUCUUCUUCUUCUUCGUCCACAUCUUCCACCCUCGUCUUCUUCGUCUUAUAUAUUUUUUGUUUUGCAGAUCAGCAAGCAACUGGUUUUGUCGCUUCUUGCAUCUCUUCGUCUUCCCUCCGGUGAGAAACUGGUCAGAAUUUUUGGGUGCCCCUGCAUAUCAGCAAGCAACUGUUUUGGUAAGGAGAGAUGGGAGAAAGGAAGGUGUUGAACAAGUACUACCUGUCGGACUUCGAUCCGGCCAAGAUUCCGAGGUGGAGGCAGCCGAAGAACCAGCAGAUGAAGGUGCGGAUGAUGCUUCCCAUGAGCAUUCGCUGCGGCACCUGCAGCAAUUACAUCUACAAAGGUACCAAGUUCAACUCCCGCAAGGAAGAAGUCAUCUGCGAGACAUACUUGGGGAUCCAAAUAUUCAGGUUUUAUUUCAAAUGCACUAAGUGCUCUUCUGAGUUAACAAUAAAGACCGACCCGCAAAAUUCAAACUAUGUUGUUGAGUUGGGCGCAUCACGGAAUUUCGAACCUUGGCGUGCAAAGGAUGAGGAAGCAGAUAAGGAAAAUCAAAAAAGGGAAACUGAAGAGAUGGGAGAUGCAAUGAAAUCCUUGGAGAAUAGAACGUUGGAUUCAAAAAGAGAGAUGGACAUCCUUGCUGCCCUAGAUGAAGUGAAGUCCAUGAGGUCAAGACAAGCAACUAUCAGGGUAGAUGCAAUGCUGGAGAUCUUGCGGCACUCAGCUGAGGAAAAGGAAAAGAAGUUGGAAGAAGAGGAUGAAGCACUCAUAAAAUCAUUAUUUGGAGCACCAAGAGAGGUCGUUUGCAGGAUCGAUGAUGAUAUUCUUGAUGAUGAUGAAGAUUUAUUUCAGAUUUCAACUGACAACACUGAAACAUCAAACAAUAAUUCAAAAAGGAGAAAGAUUUCUGAAGAACUUCCCACUAAUAGGUUUCUGAAGAACUUCCCGCUAAGCCAACAGAUUAUCUGACGAAGUACAAUAUAUGUAUAGCUUGUUUCAUGCUAGAAAGUGAGCCCGCUUACAUAAUGAAGAACCAAACAGCACCCUAGUUUUGUAUUAGGAAUAAUUUCCCCCCUCUUAUAUUCUUCAACGCAAGAACAUCGAGCAUGUUUUUUUUGGUAAUUAAUAUCUGGUGUUGGAACUUUAA